AAUAUUUUAUAUUAGUAUAAUGUUAAUUUUUGUUAAUGAAUCAACAUUUUGUGUUAGUAUAAAUUUUGUUAACUUAUCUAUCAAGACUUUGUUUUAGUAUGAAUGGCCAAAAUGGUUGGGAGAGGUGUAAGGGUACAUGCUUGUUUCCCUAUCUUCAAGAAAAUCCCCAUUGCUUUUCCGAUCAUCUCCUCCGCCGCCGCUACAGAGUCCCCUGUCAUCAUCUUCAUCUCAAUUUCUAGGGUUCAAGCCCGAAUCAUUCUCUACUAAAUCAUCCGAAAUGGCUGAAGAAAUGAAUGACUCUCAAUGUCUAGAAACGAUAGAGUCCUACUUCUUAGAACUAUGGCGGCUGAACUCUAAAGCCGCCGCCGCCAAUUUCGAAUCCGACGCGGAGGUUACCGGAGCAGUACAGAGAUUGGAUGAUCAGGAGGAUGAUGAGGAGAAAGAGGAAAUCCCGACGGAGAUAGACACCAUGAAAUGCUCAGGCGGGUUCUCGGUGGUGGGGCCUGACAAGCUCUCAGUUUGUUACCCGAAAGAGAACCUUCACGGCCACGACGUAGGCGUCGUCCAAUCCAAUAGGCCCGCUCCGUCGAAGAGACUCGUUUACUAUUUCGAGAUCUUUGUGAAAAACGCGGGAGCCAAGGGCCAGAUUGCCAUCGGUUUCACCACAUCCGGCUUCAAAAUGUGCCGCCAGCCUGGUUGGGAAGCAAACAGUUAUGGGUAUCAUGGUGAUGAUGGGCUGCUUUAUCGUGGGCACGGGAAGGGGGAGGUGUUUGGCCCAACUUAUACAGCCGGUGAUACUAUUGGUGGGGGCAUUAAUUAUGCAUCACAGGAACUCUUUUUCACGAAAAACGGGACAAUAGUAGGAACAGUUUCGAAGGAUGUAAAAGCACCAUUAUUUCCAACCGUAGCUGUUCACAGUCAAAAUGAAGAGUAUGUAGAACAUUCAUGUGAAUGGUUUCUUACUUGUUAGCCCUAAAUCCUAAUUGGCUCACUUAUCUUUUGAAUACUUUGUAUGUAUUAUACAAUUACAUCAUUUUCAAUGUUCUCCCUCUGGAUUCUAAACUCUGCAUUGCUCUCUCAUACAUAUUCUCUGAUUGAUUUUAUGGAGGUAUCCAUUUUGAAUGACUUUUAUGGGGUAAUUGGGUUUUGUGAACAUGGCAUAGUUUUGGAGUUCAUGGAAACUCCAGUGGACUCUGUUCAUUUGAUCCCAUUGGUUAAUAGUCAUACUCAAAUUCUAUUUUUUAUAUGGAACUUUCUUGGAGGCAGUUUAUUUCCCUAUCAUUUUGUAUGUGAACUGACGUUGACAAUAUGCAUCUAAUAAUACGGAGUACACUAUACAUUGUGUUUCUCACACGUACCAUUGCUCUGCUAUUUCAUUCUACAUACUACGUAGUUAACAUGACUCAUUGUCUACUUAAUGGUAGAACUCUAAGCUCUCACAGCAUAGUUUAAUGGGUUGAGAAACUUAGGGGCUGUUUGGCAACUUCUGAAUAGGUAAGUGCUGAACCAGUAAGUGAACCAUUAAGUGCUGAACCAGUAAGAGGUCUGAACCAUUAAGAGCUAGUAUAUUGCUUAACUAUUCAGAGGCAAAUGUCUGAUCAAUUCAGAUAAGAGGUCUUAACCAUUCACAAUCUGUAUAAUACUUAACUAUUCAGAGGCAAAUGUCUGAGACAUCUGAACCAUUAAGAGGCUGAAACAAACAGUCUGAACCAUUAAGUGCUGAACCAUUCAGACAUCUGAACCAUUAAGAGGCUGAAACAAACAGUCUGAACCAUUAAGUGCUAAACCAUUCAGACAUCUGAACCAUUAAGAGGCUGAAACAAACAGCCCCUUAGGCUAAAACUAGCUCAUCAGUGUAUAUAUUUGACCUUCUACUCCCAUGUUGAUGCUACCUUUUCAGGGUUUCGGUGAACUUCGGAAAGGAUCCAUUUGUAUUCGAUCUAAAGGUAAGUAUUUCAUCUCUCAUAAUACUAGGUUAAAUUACUAAUUUUUUGCGCACAUAUUCUUUUGUAUAUGCUAAGAAGCUACCUGCAUAUACAUUAGAUACACACAUCUAAUAACCUUAUUUUAAUAUU